UGCAAACCUUGACUCAUCCAGGCAUUCCUGGGAAAAGCCUGACUCACGGGAGCCCAUUGCCGGCUCAGGGCUCUAAUUACGGGGCUGUGCCCAUCUCGCCAGCGUGGGAACCGGAGCUAUUAAGCCCCUAAAAAGCUCCCGAUCAUUCCCAAUCCAUUAAUGUUUCUAAUUAGUUAAACCCGACGCCUCUUUCCCUCGCUCGUGUUCUCGGAGCGUGCAGCCACAGCUCCAUUAUGUAAUGAUCCCCUCGGCGCUGCGAGACUCACACCGGGCUAUUCUUUACUAUCGUUUUAUUUCAUUUAUUCGCGUGUGCCGCUUCCCAGGAGCUGAUGAGGGGAUGGACGAGCCGGGAAACCAUCUCCACGGCAACCUCCAACCUCCGGGCUCUGCCUCGGAGCUGCUCAGCCGUCCCCAGGACAUUGGGCAGGAUGAAGCUGCUGGGGGUGGCACUGGUGGCACUGGCCCUGCUCCUCCCGGGCGCCCGGGGCAGUGAAACCUCCCGGACCUGCAUCUUCCAGAGCCUCAGUGAGUCCGAGCGCGGGUUCUGCAGGGGGGAUUUGGAAGUCAUCUACCCCGAGGUGGGCGACGUGAGCUGCUCCUACAUCCCCAAGUGCCGGGGGUACCGGCGGCGGCUGAGCCGGGACUGGGGCCCGCCCCGCGUCCGCCUCCCCUGGGCCCAGAAGAACAAGAAAUACGUCCUGGUGAUGGUGGACCCCGACGCUCCCAACAGAGCCAAACCCCUGCACCGUUUCUGGAGACACUGGCUGGUCACCGACAUCCUGGGCUCGGAUCUGAGGGUCGGGAGGAUCAAAGGGAAGGUCCUGACAGACUACAGCCGGCCCAGACCCUCGCGCUACAGCGGUUACCACCGCUACCAGUUCCGCCUGUACCGGCAGCCGCCACACCGGAGCAUCUCCCUGAGCCCCGAGGAGCAGGAUUCGCUGGGCACCUGGGACUUGAAGGACUUUGUGGAAGAUUUUCAUCUGGGCCACCCUGUGGCCUCAACGCAGUUCCUGACCAAAAACUACAAGGAUUAACUGUGGCUGUCCCUUCCUUGUCCCACACACCCCCACACCACAGAGCACCUCUGCCCGGAGCAGAGGGGACCCCAGGAGCCACCGAGGACGAGCCCACCCAGCUCCCCACCCCGAGCCACAGCACCACCCCCAGCUCCUGCCCUCCCCUCCCAAAGCCAAGUUCUCUUUCCCUCUGGGGAGAUGCCAGGAGGUGCCCCAGCUCACCUGGCUAUCCCAGGAAUUCUGCCAUCCCCCCUCAUCCUCCCUUCACCCCAUUUCUGACUUGACCCCCUGCAUGUCCCCCUGGCACUUUUGGGGACUUUGAGUUUGAUGCCUGCGGCUUCCCGAAUAAAAUUUGGAUGGAGCAGA